CAUAAUAUUUACAGUUACAGUGUUACGGCUAGGGAUUUGCUUUUUAUGAGAAAGUUUGAAGAUUAAUAGCUUAACAAAUAAUCAAUCUUAAUACAAUAAUUAGGUGUGCUUUUUAAUUGUUAUCAGUUUGUGUACUAGUUUUAAUAGUGCGAAUUUGUCUGUAUUCUUAAGGGUUUAUUAUAGGCCCUAAUUCUUCUAGAUGGCCUCAAUUGACUCAAAUCACAGCUAAGGCUUAAGGUUACGUUUGGAUGAAAAUUAACUGUGUUUGUUUUUCACUGGAAUAACUGACAAUAGAAAUGGCAGGUCGUAAGAAGAAACCUAACCUAAAGAUAAUCGUCUCAGAUGAUGUGCCACCUGUUUUAACACCACCAAGGAAUCUUGACAAGAGGACGAAUAUCACAAUCGGAGAACAAACUUUUGAUGUUGAAGCAGACGAUUUGGAAAAAAUUUGCGAUUUGGGAAGAGGUGCCUAUGGCAUUGUGGAAAAAAUGAGACAUAUUCCCUCUGGUACUAUUAUGGCUGUGAAGAGGAUAGCGGCCACUGUGAACACUCAAGAACAGAAGCGGUUGCUGAUGGACCUAGACAUAUCCAUGAGGUCCUCAGACUGUCCGCACACUGUACAGUUCUACGGGGCUUUGUUCCGCGAGGGCGACGUCUGGAUCUGCAUGGAGGUGAUGGACACAAGUCUAGACAAGUUCUAUGCCAAGGUGUAUCGACACGGCCGAGCGAUACCGGAAAAUAUUCUGGCUAACAUCACAUUGGCGGUUGUAAGCGCACUGCACUAUCUGUACAGCAAACUGAGAGUGAUACAUAGAGAUGUGAAGCCGUCAAACAUUCUGAUGAACCGACGAGGCGAAGUGAAGAUGUGUGACUUUGGCAUUUCUGGCUACCUAGUGGACUCUGUGGCCAAGACAAUAGACGCCGGCUGCAAACCUUACAUGGCGCCAGAGAGGAUAGACCCACAAGGUAACCCGUCGCAGUACGACAUCCGCAGCGACGUCUGGUCUCUGGGUAUCUCGCUAGUGGAGCUCGCCACAGGCAAGUUCCCCUACUCCAGCUGGCUGACUCCCUUUGAACAGCUCAAGCAGGUGGUGAAGGACGACCCUCCUAGACUGCCCGAGGGGAGGUUCUCAUCAGACUUCCACAACUUUAUCGAACAGUGCCUACAGAAGGACUACACAUUGAGGCCCAACUACACACAGCUGUUGGCUCACCCUUUCUGCAGUCAGCAGCGAGAGCGGACCACAGACAUCACAGACUUUGUGGGAGAGAUACUCGACCUUCCUGACUCUCCGUGACCCACGACUGACUGGUACCAGGUACUCAUAGACUCAUGGCGCGCUCUGCAGUGGAGAUCCUACACAGGUCGCCGCACCGACUAAAUCUCCAAACACUAGACGGGCUUUUCUACAAAAGCUACACUUAAACUGCAAAUAUUGUUGACAUAGCGUAAAGGUUAAAGACACAACAUAUUUAGAUUAUUAACUCUACAAGUGGCACGGAUUAAAAACUAUAAAAAGAUGCAGCCCACGAUUACUGAGAUUAGUUGAAGGCAAGAAUAUACAGAUUUUUAUGAUCAAUUAUCAAUAUUAAUCAUAUCAAUUAUUUAUGAUGGGGACACCACUAUGUGAGUAUUUUAACCAGAUAAUUGAUGGAAUUAAAGGAAUACUUAUUUAACUUUAAAAACUAAGCAAUCUAUAAAGGCAAGAUUUUGUUUUUGCUCUUUUAUGAUUGUGCCUGCAAAUUAGUUAGAUUAACCUAUUAAAAAGGUUAAAAUAUGCAUCUGAAUAUAUUUUUGAAAAUUAUUUCUCCUAUUGUGAAUAAUAAAUAUUUUGAUUCAUAAUUUUGUUUGAAACAAUCUGUAUAAUCAAGAUUUUUAAAUUUUAACUAUUUACCACUUUCAUCUAACUAGCUUGAGUAAUUCAUUGCCACAUUUGGUAAGUGCUACGUUGUUGUAUUAAUCAUCUCUAAAUAUCAGUAAAAGUGAGGUUGAAAAACCCUGUAUUUCUUACCUAGAGUUAAUUGUAGAUUUCAUGGCGUACCCUGGAUAGACAAGUAAAAACCUAUACUCUCGCUCAGGUAAAGAAAGUUAGCAUUUUGCAAAGCCCCAAAUAGUACAUGGUCCUAAGUGCUGAAACACCUGUACAAUCAAAGUUUUGCCAGGUUAGUAUACAAUAUAGUUGAGUUUUUAUAUUGUAUAGAAAUAAACUUUCAGUUGACGUAGUAUUAGUGCAAUUAAACACCAGGUAGUUAAGUAAAUUAAUGUAAACAAUUUAGGUCCAUUCUUUCAGCGCCUAACAUUUGCUAGUCAUUUUUGUUUUAGUUUUACACGUUUAUAUUCCUGAUGUUGUAUUGAAAUUUAACAGGGUGAAAGAGAUGUUAUAUUUGUUCGGUAUAAAAUAAGUAUGGUAAUGCUUAGUGUAAAUUGUACUGGUUUAGUUAAUAGUUAUUAUGAAUGGUAUAUUUUUGCAAAUUUAGUGCGAUAGUACUUUUACUUGGAUCAAAUUAAUUAAUUAAAAAGUUAGUUUCAAAACACCUAAACAAGUUUUUGUUUUGUUAAUAUUCGUCUCGCUACACUGAUGUGUAAUGACCUGUUUUUGUUGCAUGUUUAUCUCCUGUAAAAAUCUAUCAUUCAUUAUGGCAACGCAGAGGAUACGCGUCCGGUAACCGGACGUGGAUUAGGCGCCCGGCAGUUACUGUCAUAACCUUACUUAACCAACCAAACUUGCUGAUAG